AUGGGAGCUAACGAUCAAUUAAAAAAUUGGUUCACCAGUUCAAAGUACAAAUAUCCAGAUAUUGCAAAGCCAGAUGUGUUGAGAGCUUUUCAGAAUUUCAAAGACCUCAGGCCAACACUAGAGACAUUUGUGUUCAAUGAUGGUAAUAAAAAAGAAUUAGUCAGUUUGGAUGGCACAAUUCCUGUUAAAUACAAAGGAAAUAUAUAUAACAUUCCUAUCUGUAUAUGGUUGUUGGAUACUCACCCGUACAAUGCGCCAAUUGUUUAUGUGAAACCGACGAGCACCAUGCAGAUCAAACCUGGUCGAUAUGUGGACCCCAAUGGAAAGAUUAAUCUGCCUUAUUUGCUCAAUUGGAGAUUUCCUCAGUCUGACUUAAAUGGACUGUUGUAUGUUUUAACCAUCCAGUUUGGUGAGGAACCUCCAGUUUUCUCAAAAGUAUCAUCAACAAGACAUCCUACCCAACAACCAACUCCAACUAAUGCAUAUACUCCAGACCAAUCAGAAACCAGUUGGUCUGGUUCUACUGCAACUAACCAAGGUCUUGGUCAUCCACCAUAUCCAACUGGACAAAGUCCAUUUAUGCCAAUGCCCAGUCCAGCCACUUCAGGCAGUAUGACUCCAUACACCUCUCAGUACCCUUCUUCCCAAACAACCACUGGUUAUACAAACUCUUCUUCUGCCUAUCCAGGCCAAAUGAACUAUCAAAAUCCGUAUAGUUACCCUACACCAACAGGAUAUCCUCUGUACCCAGGUUAUCCUCGACUUUAUCCUCCCUACACUACUAUACCUUCCUCCUCUUCCUCUUCUUCAACUCCCAGCUUUGGGACCAACUCAACAACUUCAGGUUCCCAUCACACCCAAACUGUAUCUGGAACCAGCACAGUGACAGAGGAACAUAUCAAAGUAUCUUUACUCUCGGCAGUUGAAGAAACUCUUAAAAGACGGCUAAAAGAGACUUUUGCUCAGGCACAGGCUGAAAUGGAUACAUUAUAUAAAACCCAGAAUGACCUUCAAAAGGGACGAGAGUGUUUAGAGCGAAUGGUAAAAUCACUGGAACAGGAGAAGGAUGAAGUAGAAAAGAACAUUUCAAUAUUGAAGGAGAAGAAUGCUGAACUGAAAGAGGCCUUGAAUAGAAUGGAAAACCAGGGAGAGUUAAAAAUUGAUGAUGCUGUGGUCACUACUGCUCCACUUUACCGACAAUUAUUAAAUGCAUUUGCUGAAGAGCAGGCCCUAGAAGAUGCUAUUUAUUACUUGGGAGAAGCAUUGAGAAGGAAUGUUAUUGAUAUUGACAUCUUCCUUAAGCAAGUUCGUGAACUGUCAUGGCGUCAAUUCAUGUUACGAGCAAUCAUCCAGAAGUGCCGUGAGAAAGCUGGACUGCCUGCACUCACCUGA